AUGGCUAUCCCUGUAACAUUCCAAUCAUUGCAUGAAACAUGCGAUUCUGGUUUGAUGACACAUUCAUGUGAAAGUAAUUUCAUUGUGCAUACACCGUCGACAUCUCAUAACGGUUAUUAUAAUUCUGUAAGACCAUUUAUUGCAUCAGAUAUGUCAACUUCCAGUCUAUUUCCUGAAUGGUCAUUAAGAAUGGCGAACAAGUCAGAAAUGUUUGAGAAUGAGAAUUCAGCAAAUCCGUCAGUCUUCAGUAAUCAUAUAUGCGAUGAUACCAGUAUAGAACAAAACUGUUCUAAGUCUAUAUAUUCAUCAGAAUCUGAGAUUAAACCACCUUUAGUCCCUUCUUCUUCUUCCAUAUCUAAAAACUUAAGUGAACUAGUGAAUAAACUAAACAAUGAAGAUCCUUAUUCCCUUAGUCAUAUUGAUCCCGAAUGCUAUGAAUCUUAUGAUCCCCCAGAUUGUGAAAAUUUCUCAUCAACUCUGAACAUACUCACAUCUUUUACAAAUUCUGAUGUAAAUAAAAUUAAAACACUGAACUCUUCUAAAUGGUGUCCAUCUGUGAAUAAUAUUAUAUCUGAAUCGGAUAACUUUUGUAGUUCAACACCAGCCAGCUACAAUCACGGUAUACCAAUACUUUCUUCAGAUUGUAUUAAUGAAUCACACAUUUCAAAAAAUGUUCACAAUGAUUCUCAAAAGGAAUCCAAUACUUUAGAAAUCAAUAAAUAUGAAAAAAUUAGGUCAUCUUUUAAUGAUACUGGUAAUAAACAUUGUUUCAUUCGUGAAGAAACUUUACAUUUUCAAACACCUAUAGAAAAAUUUAGACAUAUGACAACAAAUAAAAGAUCAUUUCCAAAACGGAACAUUAAUGAAUAUGCCGACAAUUAUACUGAGUCAGUGACUAUGACUGGUGUUCAAAUGUCAGCAGAAGAUAUAGUAAAGAAGCAUAUCAUCGACGUUUAUACGAAUAAAAGUGAAGAAGGUGAAAAGAUGUCACCACUUAGUUAUACUCAAUCAUCCCUCAUAACUUAUGAUAAUUACACUACUGCUGUAUCAAACAACAACACAUCGUGUAUUAGUAAGGAAGAGUCUGUGAAGGGUUUAAACUGUGAAUCAUUCGACAGUGUUAAUAACAAUUUACCCCUGAUGAAUUUAUCACCUACACUAAAUCCUUCAUAUUUAAAACAAAGAAUUGAUGAUGUCACUUCAACUAGCCCCACAAGAAGUCAUCGAACAAGACCGUAUACAAUAAGUCAUGGUCAUCCAAAGUGUGAAAAUGAUAAUUCCCGGCUAGCAGAUGAUCAGUGUCAAGAGACAGUGAAGUCUAGUGAAAUCCAGUUAGAUCAUCAUAAUUUCAGUCGAAAUCAAAAUCAUGAUUUUGCUGCUGUAAAACAAUGUACACUGAAUUCUCGAUUUCAGCCUAUAACAGAAUCAGAUUUUAUAUUCGAUGAUCAAAUCAAUCAACAUGAUCGUUUAUUUAUAAAAGAUAUUGAAGAGAAGAUCAAAUGUUCUCUACCGUGUUGUCUAUCAAAUAUAGAUUUGAAUAAAAAAGUUGAAUAUAAUCAGAAUGAAUAUUCAUGUUGUACACCGACAAAUUUUAAUCCUAUAGAAGUAAUGAACUCUAUUGAAACAUCAAGCAUAAAUCAUCUAACACCGUAUACAUCUCAUAAAAAUAUUACUUCAAAUAAUUGGGACACAUCUACACCAAAAACUUCUAGCUAUGUUGACUGUGAGUCUAAAUUAGACACAAUAGAAUGUAACCGAGACUAUCGUCUAUUCUCAUCUCCAGAACAGCUGAAUUUUAAUAAUAUUGAAUGUUCUAAUCCAAUAUCAUUUGAUUGUUGUAUUGAUUCAAGUUCACAUACUUAUCCAUCAUGUUCUAAUGAUGACUAUGCAAGAAAGUCUUCAUUAAGUAAUGUAUAUAACCAACCUGAUGUAUUCCUGUCAUCGAAAUGUUCAAAUGACAGUGUACUAGACUCUUUCAGCCUAGAUCCAUUAAGUUAUUUUUCAUCAUCUAUAUUCCCUUCAACAGUACAAUCUGAUAGUAAUGAAAAAUUAAAAAUGGAUUCAUCAUAUUUAGCUGCACAACAAGCAUUACUAGCAAGAUAUUUUCAUGUGGAUAAAGAGUUUACAAAAUUUUCCACUAGCACUAAUCAGUAUACUGAUUUCACGGUGAAUGUGACACGUUCAAAUGACAGUGGACUAUUGCAUCAAAAUACAAGCAUAGAUCAUAUCCCUACAACACCAAAUAAUCAAACUGUACAGAGUAUGCGAAUUCAGUUUCCCAGUGAGCAUAAUAAUACUAGUAAUAAUAAUAACAAUUUCAAUAAUGAUUCAUGCAUAAAUAGGUUCGAUCACUUAUCACACAUAAAGUUCAACACACAUAAUUCUCUAGACUGUAAAGCGUAUCCUUCAUUAACAGACACUUCUGAAUGUGACACUAAAACAUCCACACAUAAUUCAUCCUAUAAAAAGUUACAUCAUAAGUACACAAUUAAUAAUAAUAAUAAUAUUAGCGGGAAUAAUAAUACACCAGAAGGGAAUAAACAUCAAUCACACCUUGAAGCAUCUAUUAUAGGUAACAAUCAUAAUAACAGUAACACUCAACCUAUUCAAUAUUUCAAUGAAUCCAUUUUAACAAAUGAUUCAAUGAUCAAUAAGUCAAAUACAAUAUUACAUAGUUCAGAAUUAUAUCUUAAUUCUUACAAUUGUUUUACUGUGAUUGAUCAAUUAGAAGAAAGAAAUAGUGGUUAUAAUAUAACACAAAGAACACGUUUAAGCCCAUCAAUAUUAUCAUCAACACAUUCCUCGUCUUCUUUUCUGACAGGUAACAAUAAUAACACUAAUAGUAACAAUAAUAAUAAUAGUAAUAAUAAUUCCACACCAAUGUUAUCCUCUCCUUCCUUGUCUUUAUCAACUACAUCUACACCUCCAACAAUUUCAAUUAGUCCAAAUAAUAAUAAUUCAAAAUUGUCUAAAAUUACUAAUUAUAAUCUAAAUGAUAUCCAUCCAGUACCAGUUGGUGAAGCGGAAUGUCAUCAGUUGUGUUUAGUUUGUGGAGAUAAUGCAGCCUGUCAACAUUAUGGUGUAAGAACAUGUGAAGGAUGUAAAGGAUUUUUUAAGCGAACGAUACAGAAAAAUGCUCAAUACGUUUGUCUUCAAGCUAAAAAUUGUGUUGUGGAUAAACGUCGUCGAAAUCGCUGUCAGUAUUGUCGUUUUCAAAAAUGCCUAAAGGUUGGCAUGGUAAAAGAAGUUGUUCGCCGAGACAGUCUUAAAGGUCGUCGAGGUCGUUUGUCAUCUAAAGCAAGAUGUCAGUUGAAUGAACAUGGUGGAAUAGCCAAUUGUUAUGGAGAUGGUAAUAUGAAUAAAAGUUUACUACCCUUACAUAACUUUCUUCAUAAACGAAAUAGUAUAUCACCAAAUGUAACAUCAAUCAAUGGAAAACGAUAUUCAGGUUCUAAUGUACCAGUAAAUAGUACGACCAGAACAAACACGUGUACUGUUAAUUCAACUGUCACACUGUUAUCAAUGUUAAGCAGAGCAUAUGAAAUUGUAGGUCCAAGAAAUCAUUCUAUCCUCAUCAAUACUGAUAACAGUCUUGCUAAAGAUAGUGAAGAAACAAAAGAAAAUGGUAAUUCACUUGGUGCUGGAGAAGAGUUGAACCGCGCUUCACCAGAUGAUAUGCAGAUUGAUGAACAGUAUACAAAUCGAUUUUGUUCAAACCUUGAAGAAUCUAUGCAAGAAUUAAGACGUUAUGCUGAAAUGGUUCCAGGAUUUAUGGCUUUGUCAGCACACGAUCGUGAGGUGAUGCUAAAUCUGCAUUUCCUUGACCUACUAAGUUUUCGAUUGGCCUGGAGGUGUGCAGUGGAAUCAAACGCGAGUAGUAGUGUAAAAACCCACCAAACACUGACAUCUCAUCUACGAAAUCAUUCCGAUAUUUGUACAAAAUCAAAUGAAAUGUUUCAGGAAAACUGUGUAACAGAAAAACUCCAUCAAAUCUCCCCCUCUGCAGUCAUGAUGAUGAAAGGAAUGGCGACAACAUCGUCAACAAAAACAACAUUAACAACAACAGCGUCAACACCUAUGCUGUCAAAUACAUCAUCAAAAUACGAGCAACAUGUUUAUGUGCACAACUGGAGUCAACCGGAGAAAUCACAGUACUCAGACUUUCAAAAAACAAAUUAUUUGUUGAAUAGAAAUAGUAAUAAUUACCAUCGUCAACAUCAGCAGCAACAGUCUUAUCAUUACAGAAAUAAUGAAAUAACCUUUAUCUUUGAAAAUAGUAAAUCUAUGACUUAUACAGAGGUAAUAAAGUCAGGUUUUGGUGAUUGGGCGAAUCAAAUCCAUGAGACUGGAAUUCAGCUAAGAGCUCUAGUUCAAGAUGAUUACAAUGCAAUCUGGGGUUUAGCUGCAUUAAUACUAGUUAAUUAUAAGUCAAUAAACUAUCGUACACCACUAUCGAAUUCCAGUGAAGUUUAUUCACUCCAUCAUCGAUUUGUUGAAAUGUUGAAAAGUCACUGCUGUUCAUCGAACCAUCAUGUUCACUUAACAUCGACAUCAUCACAGAAUUCUUCACUUGUCGACGCUAAUAACAACAAUACUACUACUAAUAAUAAUAAUAAUAGUAAUAGUAAUACUACUUCUACUACUAAUAUUAAUAAUAAUGUUAGUAACACAAGUCACAGUAAUAAUUCACACCACCCAAAUAAAAGAAUUAAUAAAUAUCCAAUAUCUAAUAAUGAUAAUUCAACGCAUACAACCACAUCAUUAAUACGCAAUGAUUCAACAUAUUUUUCAAAAGUAUUUCAACAAAAAGAUAUUAUCCACGAAAUGACACGUAAUCAUUUAAUUCAACCGCUUCAAAGACUAUUCGAUAGUGAUCAGACUUCAUAUGCAUGGUUAAAAGAUAUUCUAGAGGUGACAAAGUUAUCAGAUUGA